GGAGGGGCAACUUCCGUUCUUUGUUCUGUUCUCGGUUGUGUGGGUCUGUGACAGGUUCCAACAGGGCCUGGUCCGUGUCCGACCCUUAAGUCUUACGUCCCUGUCCCCAGGGUGAGUGGGUCGUCUUCGGGACUCGCGGUGAGGCGGAAGUGUGGUCGCCGGGAAGGGGGUUGGUGUUCACGCCUCUGCGGCCCGCGGGGUUCCCGGGCACUCCUUGCCCCUGCGGCCGCUGCCCAGCUCCGCAAGCCCGGCUCCACGAGCGCAGCGGGUUCCCGCGUGUCGCGGAUUGGGACUCCGGGUCUGCUCGUGCCCUCCACCGCCAGCCCCAAGUGUUUGAAAUUCCCAGCGUCGCUGCAAGAGGUCCCUCUCUUUAAAACAGCUGAUGACAGCCAGCCUUCCGAACUUGGUACUCUCAGUGCACCGUUUUCUGUGCUGGGGCAGGAGAAGGAAGUCUUCCCUCUGCUGAGUUGGAGAGAGAGUUGUUCUGUGUCGCAGUUGAGAACUAGGGCUUGGGAGGAGGUGCGAACUCAGGUCCUCGGAAAGAUCCUGCGGGGACCUCACCAAGACCUAAUGUCCUAUAGUGCUCCUUCAGAACGUGCUUCCUGCUGCGUCUACACCUGGGAGAGCAGGGACCAAAACAUUUCACUCUCCCUAUGGAAACUCAGGCUGACCUUGCAUCUCAGGAACCUCCACCCCUGCUGGAGAGUGCUCUUUCUUCUUCAGAAGUCCCUUCCUUUCCUGACAAGGACAGUCUGGGGCAUGAGAUGUUGGCUGCUGCACUUCUGAAGGCCAAGUCCCAGGAGUUGGUGACAUUUGAGGAUGUAGCUGUCUACUUCAUCUGGAAAGAGUGGAAACGUUUGGAACCUGCACAGAGGGACCUAUACAGGGAUGUGAUGCUGGAGAAUUAUGGGAAUGUGUUCUCACUGGAUUGUGAAUCUAAAACUGGAAAUGACCAAGUAAUCUCUGAAGGCAUGGGGUCACAUGAGAUGAUGUUGGGACAGUUCCAAACGGAUGUUUCUCAGGGUCUUAAGUUUGGAGAAGCCUAUGAACAAGAAGUCAGUCUGAAGAGACAGCUAGGGAACUCCUCUGUUGGAAGACUGAAUAGGAGAAUACAGGAGUUCCACCAAGCGACAGUUGAGGAAAAGCUUACCCAUAUGGGACAAAGAAAUGACAAGUAUAAUGAGUUCGGGAACAGCUUCACUGUGAAUUCCACCCUCAUUUCACACCAGAGGUUUCCCAUGGGACACAGACCCCAUAAGUGUGAUGAAUGUAACAAGAGUUUUAAUCGAACUUCAGACCUUAUUCAACAUCAGAGAAUUCACACUGGGGAAAAGCCCUAUGAAUGUAGUGAAUGUGGAAAGGCCUUCAGCCAGAGCGCACAUCUUAUUCAGCACCAGAGAAUCCACACUGGAGAGAAACCUUAUGAAUGUAAAGAUUGUGGAAAAACAUUCAGUUGUAGCUCUGCUCUCAUUCUACAUCAGAGGAUCCACACUGGGGAGAAACCUUAUGAAUGUAAUGAAUGUGGAAAAACAUUCAGUUGGAGCUCCACUCUUACUCACCAUCAGAGAAUCCACACUGGUGAGAAGCCCUAUGCUUGCAACGAAUGUGGGAAGGCUUUCAGCCGGAGUUCCACCCUUAUCCAUCAUCAGAGAAUCCAUACUGGAGAAAAACCCUAUGAAUGUAAUGAGUGUGGGAAGGCCUUCAGCCAGAGCUCACACCUCUAUCAGCACCAGAGAAUCCACACUGGAGAGAAGCCCUAUGAAUGUAUGGAAUGUGGGGGGAAGUUUACCUACAGUUCAGGCCUUAUUCAGCAUCAAAGAAUCCACACGGGGGAGAAUCCCUAUGAAUGUAGCGAGUGUGGGAAAGCCUUCAGGUAUAGCUCAGCUCUUGUUCGCCAUCAGAGGAUUCACACUGGAGAGAAGCCUUUGAGUGUCAUGGGUGUGAGCAGAAAUUCCCUCAGGGUUUCUGCUGAAUUAAACGUCAGAGACUCCACAUGAAAGAGCCAUAUCCCAUUUCCCUCACUUCCAGAGUCUAAGGAGCUCUUGCCUUACUUUAUAAAUAGCACCAAUUUAGGAUGUUUCCCUCCUCAAACCUUUCACUCAGAGUGGGGCAGAUUGGGAAAGACAUCCUGGCACAGUGAUGAGCAGGAUUUCCCAGGAGUGGAUACCAGUCUUGAAAAAUCGUGAGGCAGGUAGCAGAUUAAGCACUGGGAAAGGGAGGAAGCUUGGGGACCAGCCAUCCCCUUUUAAGGAAGGGUUUGCACUAAACAGUUUUCUCACACCAGAAGAGCCUUUCUUUCUGAGUUGGGGGUGGACAUUUAUUAGUAACAGAAUUCCAAGGAUUCCACUAGUUGGGGGUCAAUCUGGUGAGCACAGAAGACAGAGGGAAGGAUAUUCUGGGUCAUCUAGAAAGGGAAACAAGCUAUAUUUCUUUUUCUCCCUCCCCCUUCUUUUUUUGAGAUAGGUCUAGCCCUAGCUUUUCUUGAACUCACUGUGUAGACCAGGCUGGCCUUGUACUCGGCGAGACCUGCCUGCCUUUGCCUCUGAAGUGCUGGGAUUACAGGCAUAUAUACAACCAUGCCAGGUCCCCAGGAGCUGCAUUUCCAAGCCACUUUUACUAAUCCAGUUUUGAGAUUAGACAAGGAAUAUGCUGUUUUGGUACAUGACUUCAUGAAUUUAGGAAACUUGAUGCUAAUGGGAUCAUUUUAUUGGGGGUAGGUUGUGGGAAGGACCCCAGCAAGGGUCUGUAGUGACUACCCUGGGAACUCUUAAAGCAGUGAUAACAUGUUUUCAUGAGCCGUCUGGGGGCUAGAGAAACAGCUCAGAGAUUAAAAGCACUCUGCGCUUGCAGGGGUCCUGAGUUCAGUUCUCAGCAACCACAUGGUGGCUCACAACCAUCUAUAAUGAGAUGUCGUGCCCUCUUUUGGCAUGCAGGCAUGCAUGCAGACAGAACACUAUACACAACACUGUAGGCAGACCCCACAUCCUCCCUUGUAAUAGGACUGACUGAAAGGAAUCUCACUGGAGCAGUUACUAACCUGCGGUAGAUCAGAAGCAUUUAAUACUGGCCUGACUCCUGCCCCCUUUCUUCCUAUUCCUGUGGUGAAAGGUAAUUUGAUGUCGACCUCUAGUUAUUAAGGAUGCUGUAGGGAGCUCAUCUACCUAGCUUGUCCUGCCCUCUCACCUCUAACAUCUGGCCUCAGCAGCUGCACCUCUCCAGAUUCCAUCUGACUUCAGCUACUUGAGAGUACACAAACAGUAAAUUCAGAGGGGCACUGAGGCCCAAGCUUGGCAGCAGGGCACCUUGCUGGGUUCGGGUGGUGCUCUAACCAACAGAUGGCUUUCCAUAUUUUUCCAACCCUGCUCAACCUGUAGCUUAUAAGAAAUGUACCAUUAAACAGAAUAGUCUUUCAGAAGAGGAGAUGGAGUGUGUGUUUGUAUAGGAAUCAAAGUUAUGUCAGUUAAAAUAGCACAGAAACCAUAAAUGGAACCCAAAAGUAAACUUUGAUAACCACCUUUGGUCAUAAACCUGAGAUUUUUCUUGUCCGACACAGCUCUCUCAAACUCUUGUAGACUAUAUAAACAUAUGCAGCUACUCCCAUCUUCACAACAAAUCAGAAUUUCAUGAGCUGUAGUCAUUUUGUGUGAUACAAUGUCUAAGACUGACGACAAAAACUAAAAGUGUACUUGGCUCUUUUGGAGCAAGGAGCAUAUUUCUCUGUCUUGGUUUGGUGUUUGUAGAAAGAUAUGGCUAUGGAGAACGGCAGGCUGGGAAUGGGAUGAAGAGGUUAGCAUUAAGAUGGCUGUGAACUCCCAGCACUUGGGAGGCAGAGGCAGGUGGAUCUCUGUGAGUUUAACAAACCUGGUCUACAAAGCUAGUUCUAGGACAGCUAAGGCUACACAGAGAGAAACCCUGUCUUUGAAAAAAAAAAAAAAAACCCACGAACUCACUUUUUUUUGUUGGUAGAAUAUUGUAUCGGGUCAUCUAAUAUGUGUCUUUAAUUUCACAAGUUUUUGAAACUGAUCAUCUUUGGCUCCUUUGACAUUUCCAGGCCUAGUGGUUCAGGUCUCUAAUGUCAACUACUUGGGGGGCUGAUAGAAGAGGAUCCCAAGUUCCAGGCCUUCCUGCACUAUAAAUGAGGUUAAGGCCAGCUUGGACAAGUUAGUAAGGAGAACAUUCCAUUGUUUGUCUUUCUACUGGGAAUUAAGCUGAGCCGAGUCUGCCUCCUUGCCAGUUAUACAAUCAGCUUCUAGUUCUGCCUUUUCAAGCAGCACGUAAUUCUUUAUCAAACAAAACUUUGAAGAACAAUUUUUCUUUUGCUAUUUUUGAGACAGAGUUUGUUUGUGUAAUUCUGACUGUCCUGGAACUUGCUCUAUAAACCUGGCUGGCCUUGAACUCACUAAGAUCUGCCUGCCUCUUCCUUCUGAUUGCUGGGAUUAAAGGUGUGCAUCACUAUGUCUGUCAUGGUGAACAUUUUUAUUCAUAGCAAAAGAAGUUUGUUUUGAUCGCCACCUUUUCUGGGGAUCAAAUCCAGCGUCCCUUUCAUGCUGGGCAAGAACUAAGUACCUCAACCCAGCAUUUUUUUUUUUGCAUUUAUUUUUGGUGUGUGUUCAUGCAUGCAUACAUGUGCCAUGGCAUGCAUAUGGAGGUCAGAAGUCAACUUGGAGGAGUUGGCUUUUCUGCACUGUGGGUCCCAGGGAUGAAGCCGAGGUCACCAGGCCUGACAAGGGCAAGUGCCUCUACCUGUGGAGCCAUCUCUCUGAUUCAGGAGUUUUUAUUUUAUUUUACUUCUAUGGUUUUUGAGCCAGGACUGACCUUGAGCUGACCUUCCUGUGUCUAUCUCCCAAGUGCUGGGAUCACAAGCAUAUGCUGUCACACCUGCUUAGGAUCUGUUUUUGAAUCCUUCCAUCUCCAGUGACAUCUCUGAGAUCCCAUUCAGAUGAUACUGGGAAAAUAUGCUAUGUAAUCAAGUUUCUAACAGCACAGAGCCCAGGUUCACGUGCACUUUUCAGUAACAGGAUGAACCAUGAAGUGAUGAUAAGCUUCUUAUUGAAUUGUUUCUCUUUUAGCAAACAAUACAAAAUGAAAAGAAGAGGAAAAA